AUGAACUCCUUGGGUACUCCGGUUAUUGAUGCAUUAGCCUUGGAUUACCUGGGCUUCAGUUUCUUACCGGUAGUAAUCAACAACAUAUGGACGUGGGCCGCCGUUAUAACCGCGGCAGUUAGUUUCUGGAGGAUCAGAGCCGUCGGUCUGAAAUCCGACAGCCAAGAUGAAUCUUCGCCUCGGAUGGUGUCAGUAUCACCGUCGCCUCAUACGGAGGAGAAGGAGGCUGUGAUGGAGCCAGCAUCAACCCUAGCUUCUUCAACGACAACGUCGUCGACGAGGGUGCCGUCGGCUGUUGACGUGGAUACAACAGGAGGACCGAGGAGAGGGAAAUUCACGGUGUAUUACGAGGAUGAAAGCGAGGGAGAGGUGGCGUGGGAGGAAGGGGUGGAUGACGGCGGCGUUGUGGAGGUGGGUAGAGGUACUGGAGGAGAUUACUGGUGUGAUAAUUGGGAGAAAGUGAUGAGGAUGAGAAUCGAGCAGGGUGAUAUGAGGUGGUACCGGUAUCAGGAUUUGACGGUGCUCGACGGCAACGUUGUAAGAUUAUGGGAUGGCUGCAGAGACAAAAGUAGCAUUUUUCAUCAUUAA